GGACUACUGGUCGGCCAUUUUGAUUUCUGGUUCGGGGAAGCAAAGCAGUGUUAUUGAUACAGGGGUUCUGCGAGGUUCAUUUCAAUUGCUAAAGAGAAGGACACGAGGAGCUAGACGACAAGAUGCAGCCCGUAGCACCGAUUCAAUCGGUCCAGAUGCAGAUGCCUCCCACGGCGCCCUCCCGGCGCAGUCGGUACUCCUGCGCUGUCAAGUCGCUCGGGGUUCUUCAGAUCAUCCUCUCGGGAGUUUCUGCCAUUGUUGGAGUCGUCGCAGGCUUCACUGGAUCUGUGAUCGGGCUUGCUUUCGCGGGCACCUGGGGAGCGAUCUUGUUUUUCCUCCCGGCUGGAAUCCUUGGCGUGUUGUCUGUGACGCUUGCUGUCGGCUCCCGAAGAUGUUUGGCCAUCGCCUGCAUGGUCAUGUGCAUCCUUGCCUCUGUAAUGGCUGCUGCCAACAUUGGCCAGUACGGGGCGUCGAUGGCUUUCGAUGGAUAUUAUUACGGUGGAGGGGGCUAUUAUUACUACACUCCAGUGCCCAUCGCUAUGGACGGCAUCCUCGUGGUUGUUUCCUUGACUGAGCUUGUCGUCUCAAUCACUGCUUCUGUCUACUGCUGUUAUGUCAUGAGCGAGUACCGCCCUACCAAUCCCACGAUCCAGUUCAUAUCAACGCAAGGCAACCCUAACAUGAUGGCGUACAACCAACCGGCGGUGGCGUACAACCAACCGGCGGUGCCCUACACCGUGACACCAGCUGCCCCGGGCACAUUCGUGGCCAACCAGCCCUACACCCAACCGCCGAGCUACACGGCUUGUACUACCCAACCAGGAGGUAUGUAGGGGAUAUCUCAAUCUAAAUGCCAGUCUGUCUUUCUUUUUUGAGUCGGGACGUGAUUGUCCCAUGUUAAGGCCGACCAAAACACCUGCGUAUAUAUAAAAGAAUUCCGUAGGGCCUACAUGGAAUGCUCAGCCUUAUGUUGAAAGAUUUUCUCUAAGGUGUCACAGUGCAGUGCACGAGUACGCAUAUUUUAUAUUGCCAGUAUUUUGGUGCAUUAGAUGUCAGAUUUAAAAUGGUAUUGUACAAUUAAUAUCAACAUUGAUACUUUUUUCUAUUUUACAUUAUGAGUAAUUGCCUUGUAUGUUAUACUUUUCGGACACCUUUUUGCAAUCACAACUACUUGCGGUUCAAACAUGUCAAUUAAAGUAUUAGAGAGCUCAAAGCAAAAUGGACAAAUAAUGAUAAUAAUAACAAUUUGGAAUAUUCUGUCCAGUUCCAAGAAGGUUAUUGUAGAUUAAUAAGGAUGUUAAAGAAAACGGUGUAACAUGUACUUGCGACCUAAUGAAAAAAAUAGAAUGUUAAUAUCACAUACAGAAUACAACUCCUGUCGCUUGUUGCGAUUUGCUAUCUUCAGUUGUAUAAUUGUUAAAUAUGUUGUCAAUGUGCGGGAAUAUUUAACUCACGCACCUUCGCUCCAAACAAAGACAGAAAUAUAAAAAAAAAAACACUGGACAACGGUUUAAAUAUCUCAGCUUAUUCCUAGAUGGUUCAGGGAUUUUGUCAAACCGAAAGUUUUUAUAUUGAGUUCUGAGUUGUGAACAAGGGUAUAUUUACAGAAGUAAUAUUUUUAUUUUGAUUGAAAUUGGUUAUUAAGUAAAG